UUGAUUUUUUUACGUUAAAUGUAACACGAGUUAUUAAUCGUUAGAAUGACCGGUAGUUUAAUUCCUUAUAAACAAAAUAAAAAUUGUAAAUACUGAUAAGUUGGAUUUAAAAACAGUUUGUGAACUGUAGAAUCGUGUAAUUCUUUACAGAGUAUCGAAUACAAAAACUUUAAAAUAUUCAGUUAUCAAUUAUCUGCUAGUGUAAUCAUGGAAUUAUCAGAUCGUUUUUAUAAAUUUCUCGUUGAAUUUCUAGCACUAACUGUUGGUAUUAUUCAUCAAGAUCAUGUAUCAUCGCUUUUUGAGAAUGAUAGACGUUUUUCACACCUAUCUGAAAUCGAAAGAGAGAUGUCAUUUCGCACAGAAAUGGGAAUGUAUUACUAUUACUAUAAACUCAUUGUUGAGUCUCCCAGCUGGACUGAUGGCAUCAAAAAAAUAUGGAAUGAUACUCAUUCUCAAUACCCUAGUGAAAUAAACGCUCAGAGAACUUAUAAUUUAUUUCCAGAAAUCGUUGCUGGAUUUUUAUAUCAUAAAGCCAAAUCAUUUAAUCUCUUUAAUCCUCCAGAAUGUUGGGAUAUAGAACGAGGAUAUGGAUUAACGACAGUUACUAGUUGCGAAGGACUAGCAGUUCCAUCAUAUUUUUAUAUUCAAUUUGUCUGGUGUUUUGCAUCAUUGACUGGAAUAAUACUAUUCCUUUAUGCAACUUAUCUCAGUGAAUCUAUUUAUGGAGGUUUUAUCGCCAGUUUGAGCUUUUUUUUUAACUUCACUGAAUGUACAAGGGUUCAAUGGACACCUCCCUUACGUGAAAGCUUUGCUUAUCCAAUAUUAUUGUGGCAAAUGUUUUCUGUGACGACUGUUCUUGACAAAUACAAAAGUAAAGAGGAAAAGAAAUUUCAAUGGAAAGAUAUUUUUGAUAAUUUUCCUUUUUGGAAAAUUUUUACUUCUACGACAUUGAGUCUGGCAUGCUGGCAGUUUUCUCAAUUUGUUUUAACAACUCAACUCAUUUGUUUACUCAUUUUACAUUGGAUGAAAAUAAUUCCACGUGAAUUAUUAUUAAAAAUAACGGCAACUCAUGGAUUGUCUAUUAUUAUUAAUAGUUUAUUCGGAAAUCAUUGUGCUUUUUCAAUCUACGCUGCUUUAGCUGUAGGAAUUUUUUGUAGUGACAACUUGAAUACGCGAUUGGAACAUACCUUAAGUCCAAAAUGGCUAAUUUUGACAAAUAUAGCCAGUACAAUUAUUUUUACUUAUUUCCAAAAGUUUACCUUAAUCAUGGCUUAUGUGGACUACAAUCAUGUUUUUGAUAUUUUGAAAGCCAAGCUAACCAAUUAUAAAGACUUCCAUACUUUGCUUUAUACUUGCUCAGCAGAAUUUGAUUUUCUGCCUUACGAAAACUAUGAAGUGAUCAUUAAAACUCUUCUGCUUCCAACAGCGAUUCUUGCAGGAUUUUUAGCAAUGUAUUUUUGGUAUAGAAACUAUAAAAUCCUGGGAUAUCCAGAUUGUAUUGAACCUGGAAUGGCUUACAAUGGCCUACAAACAGGAGCUUUCAUAUUGAUGGCUGUAAUGAUAAUGAGAUUGAAAUUAUUUAUGAAUCCUCAUUUGUGUAUAGUAGCUAGUUGUGUUAUAAAUAAGAAGUAUUUGAUGAAAUUAGGAAUUAAAACUGAGUCAAUGAGAGUGGGACUACUGAUAGCAUUGAUUAUCAGUAUGGGAUAUCAUGGAUUUGAUAGAAUUUCAAAUGAAAUCAAGUACUCAGCAGAAUAUAAAAAUGUUGAACAAGAAGAAUUAUUCGAAUGGGUUAAAGCAUAUACACCACCAAACGCAGUUUUUGCUGGAAAAAUGUCAGUAAUGGCUAAUUUAUUACUUUCUACUGGACGGCCUAUUGUAAAUAAUCCUUUUUAUGAAAGUAAAGAAAUGAGGGAUAGAACUCUCAAGGUCUAUGAAGUGUACAGCAGAAAGGAUGCAGCCUCGGUUUAUGAAACCAUCAGAAAUAUGCAUGUUGAUUAUUUAGUCCUUGACGGAGGAUUGUGUUAUGGGCAUGGAAAUGUUAAACCUGGAUGCCGUAUGAUAGACUUAUGGGAUGUCACGGAUAAUGGAGAAGCAAAAAGACUGGGUAAACGGUCUCUUUGUCGAAUUUUGUACAGUGGAGAUUCACACCCAUUUAAAAGAGUAUUUGCCAAUGAUUAUUAUGUGGUUUUAAGACUGGACUAUUCGACUUAUGUGGAGUUUAAACCCAAAGUUCCUCUUUUGCGAUCUUAGUAGUGUAAGCCCCUUUCAAAAAAUCAUAAAAAUUAUUUUUUUAAUGCUAUUUUGAAAUCAACGAGCUAAUUAACCGUCU